UUCAUAAUCCGUCCAUGUCCAACCUCUGCACAGCUGAUAAUGAUUGUCUCCUGGAUGGAGACAGUGACGUUUUCAUCCUUGUUUGCAGUGUGUUAUGUCUCCAAACAGAAGUCCACUGUUAUCACACAGCAUUUUGGAAAUAUGAUGACCAACACAGGCUCGGUGCUUUUACCUACAACUGCAGGCCAAACUCUACUUGUCCAUAAUUGAUGAUGUGAUUGAAAGUAUGAGGGAGCUUUUCAUAGAUGAAGGGCUUGAGGACCGGGUCCUGGAUGAUCUAAGACAUCUUUGGGAGUCAAAGGUGAUGCAGUCUAAAGCAAUGGAAGACAUCCGGAAGAACAAAAUAAACUCUUCCAACUUUGUGCUGCAGCUUCCUGCCGACUACAGACAGACUGACCAGGUGCUCGCAGCUUCAGCUGUCAUUCCAUCAAGCCAGAAUAUUCACAGUUUACCUGUCACGAACACUUCAGAAACGGUUGCUACUUUUUCCAUUCCUGAUGCGUUGGCAUAUCCUGUGCAGAUACCAGCAGGUGUCACUCUACAAACAGCCUCUGGUCAUCUUUACAAAGUCAAUGUUCCCGUGGUGGUUACUCAAGCCCCAGCAGGCCAGCAGCCUGCAUCCCAUCCCACACAGAGAGUUGCUGAAUGGAGGAAAGCGCCUGCAUCUCAGCCACCUGCAGUUCCACCAAAUCCCAUUCUUCCUCAUGAGUCAGAACCAUCCUCUGUUCCAACCUCAUCUAUCACACAUCCAAGGAUUAGUCUACCCCCGAGUCAAGAGAGCAUCCUUCCUCUGCACGCUGCAGAACCAGAGUUCACACUGGGAGACAAUGAGCCAUGCCCACAACCUGAACCCAGGAAUGCUGGCACGACUGCCUCUUCCUGCACUCAACUAUUAGACUUUCAGUUCGGCACAGAAGAGAAUUUCACAGCAACGUCACCAAGCAGAGAUAUAGAUGACAUCCUGAAACAGGUGAUCGAAGAGGAGAGAAAGAAGGCACAAAGGACAAGGAAUCUAUCAAGUGGGAACACUGACCGUCAGUCUGGAGCUGAUCUUGGGCUGGACUUGGACUAUAGCUACAGUGAACUGUCAGACAUUGUCCAGCUGGAUGGUCCUGCAGACAAUUCUGACCACGAGAAUGAGGAGAAUGAGGAGGUCCCCCUGGAAGAGAGUGACUUUCUGGGUUUAAUCAAUGCUGAGGCCAUAAAAGCCCUUCAGGGAGAAAUUGCCAGCAGCGACAGCAGCAGCAUCUCCUCCAGCAGCGACGGCGAGGGAGCAAAUGAAUUCGCUAUUGCAGAAGAUGAGGACCCUCUGAAUUCAGGUGAUGAUGUUGUUGAGCAGGACAUCCCGGACCUUUUUGACACAGACAACUUAAUCGUGUGCCAGUAUGACAAAAUUUUCAUCAUAUUACAGAUUCACCGCAGCAAGAAUCGCUGGAAGUUCCAUCUGAAAGAUGGGGUGAUGUGUUACGGAGGCAGGGACUAUGUGUUCUCCAAAGCUGUUGGGGAAGCAGAGUGGUAAUGAGCUUUAAUCCUCUUGAACAAAUCAGAUAAUCUUGUUGGAAAAGAAGACAACUUGAAAGGGGAAGAAAGAAAAAUGUCAAUUUAGACCUCUGUGGUGGUGUAAUUUAGUUUGGAGUGCAGGAAGUUAAGAUGCUGCAAGUCUACAAAUACUUUUUUCUUUAUUAUGUAAUAACCAGAGCAAAAAGUUGUUUGAUGUUAUUGCCAGUUACUUUGCUCCAGUUUGCCAAGACAAACAGCAUAUAUUUGUUAUAAUUUGCUGAUGUGUUUUCCUUAUUACUAGAGCGAAACAAAAUGUUUUCCUCUGUCAUAGCGUUUAAAAAAAUUCUUAAUGUGUUCCUAAACUUCCUUGUGUUGCAGUGUUUUUCUUUUUAAUUAUGCUUUAAAUGCUUUGAACUGCAGUGUUCAUGAACAAAGCCUGGGUGACCUUAUUUAUUUAUUUUUUUUUAAAAAGUGUCCUUUUCACUACAGAAAUUGAACCAUUCUUUCUGAUCUAAUAUAUCAAAAUGCACGUAAAAACACAAAUUAUACUGUAAGCUUGCAAAUAAGUGGUACAAGUUAUACAGCAGCUUUAUAAACCAGUAAGAAUCAGGUACAAGACUUGCUGUUUGAGAGAGAACUUGUAGAAAAAAGCAAAGCUUAGCAUAAUUAACUGACCACACAUUUAUUUCAUUAAAUUAAAACAGUACAGGAAAUAAGAAAUUAUAUACAGUAAGAUUUCUUAACUUGGCUCCAGGUUUAAUCGAGUUGUUGUGGCUGCAGUUUCAAGCAUCCCAGUCCAUAUGUCUCCUGAGUACAACACAAUAAAAAUGGGUACUAAAACACAUCUGAGCUAAAACAUUUAAUCAAAAUUA